AUGCUUGAAGAAUCUAUCGAAAACAACCCAAGCCAUUCCAUAGAUGGUGUCCCUUCAGAACUUGAUCCUCAAUACUUCGACGACGAUGGCCGUCCUAAAAGAACAGGAACAAUUUGGACAACAAGCUCUCAUAUAAUAACAGCUGUGAUAGGAUCAGGAGUACUAUCUUUAGCAUGGGCUGUAGCACAAUUAGGUUGGAUUGCUGGUCCGAUCACGAUGAUCCUUUUCAGCUUGGUCACUAUGUAUACUUCAUCAAUGAUGGCGGAAUGUUAUCGUUAUGGCGAUCCCAUUUUUGGAAAGAGAAGCUAUACAUUUGUCGAUGCAGUCCGCAACAUUCUUGGCGGGUUACAGUGCAAAUUUUGUGGAAUAAUUCAGUACUUAUAUCUGUAUGGCAGUGCAGUAGGAUACUCAAUUGCAGCUCCCAUUAGCAUAAUGGAAAUAAUAAAAUCUAGGUGUCUCCAUAAAUCAGGAGGAAAGGAUCCAUGUCGCAUUUCAACGAACCCAUACAUGAUGGGAUUUGGAAUUUUACAAAUUUUCGUUUCUCAAAUUCCAGAGUUUCAUGAAACAUGGUGGCUCUCAGUAAUAGCAGCAGUUAUGUCUUUCAUAUAUUCCAUAAUCGGUGUCUUUCUCGUAACUGUUCAAGUUGCAGCAAACGGUACCGUCAAGGGUACUCUCACGGGAGGUGGCGCUGAAAUUGUGUCAACAACAGGAAGAGUAUGGCGAAUUUUCCAAGCUAUUGGCAACAUAGCAUUUGCUUAUUCAUACUCUCAAAUUCUCAUUGAAAUUCAGGACACCAUAAAAAAUCCACCAUCUGAAGUAAAAACAAUGAAGGCGGCGACAGUUUUAAGUGUUAUUGUGACUACAUCAUUUUAUAUGCUUUGUGGUUUAAUGGGCUAUGCUGCAUUUGGAGAACAAGCACCAGGGAACUUGCUCACUGGAUUUAGUAUGUUCAAUCCAUCUUGGGUCAUCGAUGCAGCAAAUGCCGCCGUUGUAAUCCACCUUGUUGGAGCAUACCAAGUAUAUUCUCAACCUGUCUUUGCCUUCAUAGAGAAAGGGGCAGCAAAAAGAUGGCCCCAAACAAAAGUGGAACACAAAAUUUUUAGUGGUUACAAUCUAAAUCUAUUUAGAAUAGUUUGGAGGACAAUAUUUGUGAUUGUAACUACUUUUGUUGCAAUGUUGAUUCCUUUCUUCAAUGAUGUUAUGGGAUUUCUUGGAGCAGUGGGGUUUUGGCCUUUAUCAGUUUUUUUUCCGGUGGAGAUGUAUAUUGUGCAGAGGCAGAUCCCAAAAUGGAGUUCUAAAUGGAUUUGGUUGGAAAUCAUAAGUCUUUUAUGCCUUAUCGCAUCAGCUAUGGCUGCUAUUGGCUCAAUCGCCAGUAUUUUGAGGAACCUAAAGACUUUCAAGACAUUCAACUCAGAAUAUUAA